AUUAAAUUGUUCAUUUUGUUUUGCAUUUUCUGCCUCAAUUAAUAUUUUAAAAGAAUCUUAAUCAUCAAAAGUGAAUGCCUGAGAGCUGAGGUACAGACGCCAUGAAAUGAACCAAGGCGGCCAAUGUCUGGUUUGUCAAAUUAUUGAUGCGGUGGUUUGAAUCACGUUUGAAUUGAAGUGCGAAGUUUCGCAUUUAGUUUUAUUUAAUCAUUUAAUAGUGUUGCUUAAAAUAUAUUAUCAAUGGACUUUUAAAGUGUGUGAGCAGUAAAACUGAAAUUAUUGUGAUAGAGUAAAAUUAGUAAUCAUGGUUUUGGCUGAACGAAGUAAUGAUGUUCGAAACGGGAAGCGUUCGAGAGGACCAAGCCCGAAUGGUCAUGGCAGUCCAGAUUCUAGUUCCGAAGAUGAGAAUGUAGUGCCAUUUGCAGCUGAAAAAAUAAGAGUGGGUCGAGAUUAUCAGGCAGUAUGUCCAGAGUUGGAACCGAUAGACCAGAGAAGACCAGAUCAAAUAUCUGAUAGAGCUCUACUAGUUUGGUCACCUACUGCUGAUAUAUCAGAUAUUAAGCUGGAUGAAUAUAUAACAACAGCAAAAGAAAAAUAUGGGUACAAUGGUGAACAGGCACUUGGUAUGUUGUUCUGGCACAAACAUGAUCUCAACAGAGCAACGAUGGACCUUGCAAACUUCACACCCUUUCCUGAUGAAUGGACGGUGGAAGACAAAGUACUUUUUGAGCAAGCCUUUCAGUUUCAUGGCAAAAGCUUUCACAGAAUACGACAAAUGUUACCAGAUAAAUCAAUAGCCUCCUUAGUAAAGUACUACUAUUCAUGGAAAAAGACAAGAGCAAGGACAUCAUUAAUGGAUGUUGUUAGUGAAGGUCGCACCGCCACUGGCUCUGGAACUGGUAAAAGGGAAUCUGGAGCAGGAUCGGAACCAGGAGGUUCCGACAAAGACUCUGAUAAUGAUGAAAAGAAGUGGACUUUACACCGAGGUAUAGUCCGCGGAGGCAAGUCCCUGUCGGUUGGCGGGCCUUCACUGCGCGCCGGCCAGCAAGGCGAGGGCGACGGCGGUGAGGCGGGCAAGUGGUGCACCGUGUGCGGCAUUCAGUGCUCGCAGACCACCGCGCACAACUCGCACAAGUUGUGCCAGGCAUGCCUCGUGCACGCCAGACGCACGGGCACCAUGCGGCCGCUGUGCGGGCCCUCGGGGCGGCGCGGGCCCGGCUCGAAACAGCAGCGGUACAAGCACCGCCUGCCGCGCGGCAUUUACAUCAAUCACGACGAUCUCGUUGCCAUGGCGACCGGCCCGCAGCCCGGCGACGCCUCGCAGCCGGGCCUGGUCAAUCAGGGCGAGGCUAUGCUCAAAGCAAUGGACAGAGAAAUUAUCUCGCUCAAGAGACAAGUGCAACAGAACAAGCAGCAAUUGAGUGCGAUGAAACGCAAAGUGGGUGACGCGGGGGUAGAGGAGUUGCGGCCCGGGGAGCCCCCGGCAAAGAUUCACUCGCGGUGGACUAACGAUGAGUUGCUGAUGGCGGUUACGGCCGUGAGGAAAUAUGGCAAAGACUUCCAAGCCAUCGCGGAGACGCUGGGCACGAAGACGGAGGCGCACAUCCGCACGUUCUUCAUCUCGUACCGGCGCCGCUACAACCUGGACGCCGUGCUGCGCGAGCAUGAGGCCGACCGCGGCAACGCCAACCAUAUACAGCCCGGUACAACAAGCACAGAGUCAGCAGAAAAUGAUGUAGAUAACAGUAAUGCCAACAAUGGAACCGGGUCACCGCAGACUAAUGCUAAAGAUGAGAAAACGGAGGUGGACAGCGAAGGAGUUUCCAUCGGCGCGUCGGCGGAGCAGGGCGGGCCGCCCACCACGCCGCCCAAGCACAAGCCCGCCAAGUGAUGCCCGCCGCGGCGCAUACACCCCGCCCUACACCACACCACACGCCACUGAUUACUAAGUUUCCUUGUUCACGAGGUUUUUGAAUGUUUGAUAGAAGAUGACCUUACUUUAUAAGUAUAGAUUGUUACGGCUAUACUCACCUAUUAAGUCGAUGUAAGCCCGACUAGUUUCGACCUAGUCCAACUGGUUAGACCUUACUU